GGCUCCGGCCGCGGCCCCAGCUGAUCCUCUGCUCCCGAGGCGAGUGCCGCGGCCUCGCGAGGUGGCGGGGGCGUCAGCGACGGCGGCCGAGACCCGCGCCGCCCAUCUGAGCGGGGCGGGCGCUGCGUGGCCAGGAAGCCGCCCCAGAGCUGCUCAGGGAGCCGUCGGGGCCUAUUUUUGCCUUUCUCCUCCAGGACCGUCGGCCCGCGCGCCCCAUUUAUCUCUGCAGAGACCGCGACGCCCCCUCCCGGGCCGGGCCGCGGUGCCCGCCCGCCUGAAAGGCGCCGCCCGCCGGCCCGAGCGAAUCUGGAGCCGCCGCCGCCGUGCCCGCCGCGCCUCUCGCGGAGCCUGGGCGGCCGGCGGGGCCUGGGGCCUGGCGGCGGGCCGCUCCUCCCCGAGCUGGGCCCGGGGCCUGGCGGAGCCGAGCGCCGCGCCCUCCUGACCAGCCGCCGCGGGAGCCCGGUCGCCGCCCGCCGGCCCCAACCGCCUCCCCGGCCCGCCGCCCCUCCGGCCCCGGCCUCCCGCCCAGCCUUCCUUUGUGGAUCUGAAUGAUUUGGGGGGCCUCCUCCUUCCCCCUUGAGAUUACGGUGCUGGAAGACCCACCCCGCCACCUCGGUCAGAGCCCCCCGCCGGGGGAGACGUCCCUCGUUUUGUUCCCCGAGGGCCCACCCGCGCCCCGCUCCUUUCGGUGUUUGACUGAUGGGGUUUUUUUAGUGUUUCCCUCCCCCCCCCCCCUUUAUGUCUCUCGCCUCUCGACGGGAAGGCCCCGCGCGAGGCUCUGCGCCUCUGCCCCUCCCCGUCUCUUCCUCAACCCCGCACAAAUAGCCGAACCCCCAGCCCCCGGGCCGGCGAUGGCGCGACAGUGAGGGCGGCGAGGCCGGACCACGCUGGGAUAGUGCCCGCGCCCCGGCGGGCGUGAGCACACACUCCCCCGCUCCGCGCCCCUCUUUUUCGUCACCCGAGCUCUCUGAGAAGAGAGAAGACGCAGGGGAAGAUGUGGCUGAAGCUGUUUUUCCUACUCCUCUAUUUUCUGGUCCUGUUCGUCCUGGCCAGGUUUUUUGAGGCCAUUGUGUGGUAUGAAACUGGCAUCUUUGCCACCCAGCUGGUGGAUCCGGUGGCGCUGAGCUUCAAGAAGCUGAAGACCAUUCUGGAGUGCCGGGGGCUGGGGUACUCGGGGCUGCCCGAGAAGAAGGAUGUCCGGGAGCUGGUGGAAAAGUCAGGUGACUUGAUGGAAGGUGAGCUCUAUUCUGCACUCAAGGAAGAAGAAGCAUCUGAAUCUGUUUCUAGUACCAAUUUCAGUGGUGAAAUGCACUUCUAUGAGCUUGUAGAAGACACAAAAGAUGGCAUCUGGCUGGUUCAGGUCAUAGCAAAUGACAGAAGUCCCUUGGUCGGUAAAAUCCACUGGGAGAAAAUGGUGAAAAAGGUGUCAAGAUUUGGAAUACGUACAGGCACUUUUAAUUGUUCCAGUGACCCCAGAUAUUGCAGGAGAAGAGGCUGGUUGCGAUCUACACUCAUUAUGUCUGUCCCACAAACGAGCACUUCUAAAGGGAAAGUCAUGCUUAAAGAAUAUAGCGGACGCAAGAUUGAAGUGGAGCACAUUUUUAAGUGGAUAACUGCUCAUGCAGCUUCUCGGAUCAAAACCAUUUAUAAUGCUGAACAUUUGAAAGAAGAAUGGAAUAAAAGCGAUCAAUAUUGGGUAAAAAUAUACCUAUUUGCAAACCUUGACCAACCCCCAGCUUUCUUCUCUGCACUAAGUAUAAAGUUUACCGGAAGAGUGGAGUUUAUUUUUGUUAAUGUGGAAAAUUGGGACAACAAGAGUUUUAUGACAGAUAUUGGUGUAUAUAACAUGCCAUCAUACAUUCUUAGAACUCCUGAAGGAAUUUACAGAUAUGGAAAUCACACAGGUGAAUUUAUAUCCCUUCAGGCCAUGGAUUCAUUUUUGCGCUCAUUACAACCUGAAGUAAAUGAUCUGUUUGUUUUGAGCUUGGUUCUAGUUAAUCUUAUGGCUUGGAUGGACUUAUUUAUCACACAAGGAGCAACCAUAAAGCGAUUUGUGGUUCUCAUAAGCACUUUAGGGACAUACAACUCUCUGUUAAUUAUUUCCUGGCUACCUGUGUUGGGCUUUUUACAGCUCCCUUACUUAGAUAGCUUUUAUGAAUAUAGCUUAAAAUUGUUGCGAUAUUCUAAUACAACCACACUGGCUUCAUGGGUAAGGGCAGACUGGAUGUUCUAUUCUUCCCACCCGGCCCUAUUUCUCAGUACGUACCUUGGACAUGGUUUACUAAUUGAUUACUUUGAGAAGAAGAGACGACGCAACAGCAACAAUGAUGAAGUCAAUGCCAAUAACUUAGAAUGGUUAUCAAGUCUGUGGGACUGGUACACCAGCUACCUCUUCCACCCGAUUGCUUCUUUUCAGAACUUUCCUAUAGAAUCUGAUUGGGACGAAGACCCUGACUUAUUCUUGGAGCGGUUAGCUUUCCCUGACCUUUGGCUUCACCCUCUGAUACCAACUGAUUACAUUAAAAAUUUGCCAAUGUGGCGAUUUAAAUGUCUUGGAGUCCAGUCUGAAGAGGAAAUGUCGGAGGGUUCUCAAGAUAUUGAAAAUGACUCAGACAGCGAGAGCACAGACACUUUUAGCAGUGAAAAGGAAGUAUUUGAAGAUAAGCAAAGCAUAGUUCACAAUUCUCCAGGAAGAGCAAGUCACUGUGAUGCUGAGGCUUGUUCAUGUGCCAAUAAAUAUUGUCAGACCAGCCCAUACGAAAAGAAGGGGAGGUCAUAUGGAUUAUAUAAUGCUAAUGAAGACAUGGAGCCUGAUUGGUUAACUUGGCCUGCUGAUAUGCUGCACUGUACUGAAUGUGUUGUUUGCCUAGAGAAUUUUGAAAACGGGUGUUUGCUAAUGGGGUUGCCUUGUGGUCAUGUGUUCCAUCAGAAUUGCAUUGUGAUGUGGUUGGCUGGGGGCCGACACUGUUGCCCUGUUUGCCGGUGGCCUUCUUAUAAAAAAAAGCAGCCGUAUGCACAACACCAGCCCUUGUCAAAUGAUGUCCCAUCUUAACCAUGUGCAAUUUGUCCUUUAUAAGCUUUGAGUAUCUUACAGCUUGCCUUUUUAAUGUUAGUCACAAUGUUUUUGUGGUUUGAAGUUUAGUUUAAUGUUAGUGCAGUGACAGGAAAUACACAUUAUGCUAAUGUUGAUGACAAUUAUUUGGUUGCCUUGUGUGUCAAUUGAAUGCAUACUUAAUUGUAAAAAUUUUUAUUUACAACAUUGGAAAUUCAGAAGUUAAUGUUUUUUGUAAGCACAAAAGUAUGAUAGAAAUUUAUCCUAGCAAGACUUUACAAGGUAGGAUCAAAUCCUAAUGGAAUUGAGGCAGUUUCUUAUCCUAAAUGUUUCCUCCCUUUUUACAAUCUCUGUCCAGCACCUCUUGAUUAAAUAAUGUAUGCUCUGAGACAUGAAAUUAAAACGGACCUAUGAAAUAAAUUAUUUUAAAACCAGA